AAAAUAAGGUCCAACAAAACUUAAUAUAAAGACAUUUAAAGAUAAAAAGCAAGGAUUAUAAUAAAUAGUUUUUUUAAUUAAAAUGUAGAAAAAUGAAUAAUAUUACAAUACUAAUAGAAAGAUCAAAAAUGGAUAGUUUUUAUGGAAAUACGUUAACAUGAUGAGAAAUGAAUUAAUUUAGAAUAAAAAAAAAGAUAAAAAAAGUAAAUGUUAUAUAUUAAAGCUUAAAUGCAAGUACUUUUGUAAAUUAUCUGAUGAAUAAUGUAGAUUUAUUAUUGUUUUUGGCCCUUUAUGCUUAUCUUUAUUCUUAGGAGUUUUAUUAUAUUUGGGGAUGUGCUAGUUUCUCUACCUCUCUCAAAUGUAGGAUAUGAGUAGAGAUUAUAUUAACGAUGCCAACCAAAACUAUUUACUUUUAUUGGCUUAAUCAAAGGUAAACACAAUAAGAUCUAACUUAUAAAGGAUGGCAACCUCUUCAUAAAUAUUAGGGAAGUUUAGCCAAAAAUUGUAAUCAAAAACUCUAGAUCAACUUGUAAGUUGGUAAAGCUAAGGAGGUGAUUUAACUUAAAUGCAGUAAAUAAAUGGGAAAUAUAAUUUUUUAGUUGCUAAUGACUUCAAUCAAUAGGAUCAGUGCUAGUACAUUUAAUAUUUCAAAAAUAAAAUCCAACAAGACCCAACUGCAACUUAAGAUUAUUAUAAGUAGUAAUAUUUUGGAUGGUCUUCACCAUAAAUUGAUAAUUGGAGUGAUUUAACUUUAGAAUAAAGAUCGUUUCUUCUGAAAUAAUCGCUAAUAAAUGUAUUUUUUACAUCUAUGCAAGUCAAUUAAUAAACUUAGUAAAUUUUUCCAAAUCUUUAUAAUGUGGUAAGAAAAUCUGAUUCACUGUAGUCAAGGAUAUAACCAAAGGAAAGAUUAAAUCAACAAAAUAUGUUUUGGUACUAAUUUCCGUACUCAGAUUUUAGCCAAAUUUGUUCUUAUGAUUCAAAUCUAAAACACUACUCUUACUUAAAUGUAGAUCAAUUUGAUGGAUUUCAGAAUAAAGAUGAAUUUAAUUAAAGUUGUAAAAAAAAAGAAAAUUCUCCUCAGUGUUCAUGUAUUUAUCUUUAGAACAAAAGACUCUAUCCAAUCGAUUGGAGGUGCAGAAUUUGGUAUCAAUAAGCAUCAUAAAAUUAUUACUUAACUAUCUCUUCUAUGUAUAUUGAUAUAAACUCUGGAAAUGCAAUAAACAGCUUUGUUUUUAAAACAAUAUCUGCAUCAUAAUCUCCUUAAAAUAUAAAGGAGGAGUAAAAUUUAUCUGAAGAUAGUAUAAGUAGUCUAGAUUUGAACAUAAGCUAAUUGAUAUAGAAUGAGAACUAGUAAAGUAGCGAAGAUCAAUACUCUCUAAUUUUUCUUCCUUCAUCAAGCAAUGAUAGUGAUUUUAAGAUCUUUUAUCAUCCAAAGUAUAAAAAUUAGUAAAAUAUAGAAACUCUUCUAUCAUUGCAGUUUCAUAACAAUAUGAAUUAGUAUAAUGACUUCUUAGAAUAAGUUUCUGAAUACAUGAGCUAGACUUAGAAUAGAAAAUAAAAUUGCAACUUUAGCUAAGAGGAAGGAUUUUAGUUUCAAAUGAUUGUUGAAGGCAAAUAAUACUUUUCUAUAAUAGAGAGAAUGUACCUUUGUAUUGGUAAUAUUGACUAGUAAAUAUCUGUUUUAUUUGGUUAUUUUGUUAGAGUGAUUUCAACUGAAAUUUCAUCACAAACAGUUAAUUAAAUAAACUAAAGAAUGUUAUAAAUAAAGCAAUACUAUGCAAUAGGAACAAGUUUAGCAUUUUUUUUUGUGCUUGCUCUGAUGUAUACACUUUUAAAAUACUUUCUCAAAUAUAAUUUUGAAUAACCUCUUAAUAUCUUAAAUACUUUCAUCCAGCAAGCCAAACCGAAGGACAUUUAUUUGUUCUAUCAAAUGAUUCAAAACUAGUAGAUGUGUACUUAGUAUGAGUUGAAGAAUCUAUUAUAAGCUAUCAACGAUGUUGUGAUUGGAAUUCAAACAAAAGUUGAGGAAAAAAUUGAACAAUCUUCAACUUGUUUUGAUGACACAUAAUAUUUUAACUAAAUUUUUCAAAAGUAUAUUUAAGGUCUGAAGACAUUUAAAUCUGUAGAUCAUGUGGCUGGAAAAGGGCUAUGUUAUAUAAAUAUAGGCAAUUUAUAUGCACAAAACAAUAACUUCAUAUAAGCAAUAGUGUUCUAUUAAAAAGGGUUAGAAAUUUCUGAAAAAGUACUCUUUGACACAAAGCUUGAGUAAAAUGCAGGAAAUUUUAAUCAAAGAAUUGAGAAAAUGUGUUCAAAUAAAGCUCUUAAAAAAUUUAUGAACAUACUUGCUAGUAGAAGAUAUUUGUUUGGAAAUGCUUUAGCAUGCAGUUUAUUAUAGCAAGAAGAGGAUGAUAUUAUAUUCGAUAACCAAUACAACAUAUAAAAUUCUGAAAAUAGCAAGAUGAAGAUUAACUCAUCCUUAAAAAAACUUAUGAAAACUUAAAAAGAAAAAGAUUUAGGAGAUUAAAUAUUUAAUUCAACACUUUAAUAGAUUAAAAACCAAAAAAGCUUACCUACUGAUAAAUCUUAAAUUUAAAGGAUAAAGACAAAUGAAUUCAAUAAUUCAAUUAAUAUAUCUAUUUAGUUAAAUAUUUAGAAAAUUUAAUCAAACUAAAUAAAGCGAACAUUUACUCCUAAUUCAAAUAAUAGCACAUUUAAGAAAGCAUUAAAGAAUAAACAUAACUCACUUAGAAAUUCAAAUUUACCUAGAAUAUUUUUAGAUAGACAUACUAGCUAAGCAGAUAAAAAUGGAGAUAAGAAACAAAACAAAUUAGAAUAAAAUAAGAAUAAUUUAAAUCAAAAUUUUGAGAAAGAGUUCAUCUUAAAGAGAGGUUAGUUAAAAAAUCACUGUUACGGGAAUUUAAAUUUCUUAAUGAUGCUAAAGAAUGACUUGUUCCCUUAAAAAGAGAAUUAUAAUUAACCUCUUCCUAAAUAUUUAAUUAGAGAAGAAGGAGAGUUUAACAUUUCUAUUGUUGAAGAAUGCAUAGACUAAUUCUCAGAGUCUCAACAGAUUUUUUAUAGCCUUUCAAAACAAUCUUCUAACUUGUAUGAGUGCUACUAUUACGAAAGCAUUUCAAUAUUAAUUUAACUUAAAUGCUUUACAUGCUAGCUAAUAAUUUAAAAUAAAGAAAAGAUAGUACUAGAACACCUCAUUCAGAUCAAAAAGCAAAUAAAAAUUUGUAAAUUAAACUAUAUAAACCUGCAAUCUCUCCUGAAUUCAGGAUAAGCUUAUAUUCCAUUUCAUAUUAUUAAAAUGAAGUAUUAUCUUGUCAAGGGAUUACUUUUCUACAAGUUAAAUAUUUAUCAUAAAUCUCUGUACAACUUACUCAAAUCUUUAAGUGUAAAAUUUGAAAAGGAUCAUGCAAAAAAUAGCUCUAUAAAAUACAAGAAAGCAGAAUAAGAGAUUUCUGAGUUUUAUGAUGUAUUCGAUGUGAGUUGCUGUCUGAAAAUUAUCCAUCAGAUAAUAAAGAAUCAGAAUAUUUAGCUAAACUCGCUACAUAAUAAAUAUUUAAAUGACGAUUUGAACAGCAUAAACUUAGAUCUAAUUUCAAAAUAAGAUAUUUAUUUUCAGGAGGUUUUCUUUAAAGAAAAAGAAUUAAAUAAUCUAAAAAGAAACACAAUUUUUAAAAAGCCAAGAAAUUAAAGCAAUUGAUUGAUUGAUUGAUAUGAGCUUAAUUAAGUUUAAUCUCAAAUGAAGUUUUCCACAAAAAUUAUAAAAAUUGUAUAGUUGGUUAAAUUAUUUAUCAAAAUUAAAUAUAAAUAUAAUGUUAUGUAUAGCAGCAGCAAAAAGUUAGUUAUUAAAAACUGUAAGAUCGAUCUACUAUUUCUUUGGAGGAUUAAUUGUAAAUUGAAAUAAGAAAACCACAAUGAAAAAUAAAAGCAUCCAAAUUUUAAAUUUAUUCAUUUUAUUUUUCAGAAUUUAAAUAUUCAAAUUCAUAAGUUUAUUUUUUAUCUUAAGCUAGUUAAAUAGGAACUAGAUAGUUAUAUUUAAAGGUUAAUUGAAAGUAUUUUAAGCUUAAUUAUUGACUUAUUAGUCUUCAAAUGAUAACCUAUUUAGUAUGUGUUGUAAAAUUAAAAUUAUUGAAAUAAUCAAAUAAAAAG